UCCAAACUUCUCAACCUCACCUCUCCUCUCACAGUAGUCUCACGUCUCCUCACCCACCACUUACACCACACACACCCCCGUUACACCACACAAACACACACAUACACAGAGAGACAUAGAGAGACUCAACCCCGUCCCUCAGCGCCGCCAUGGCAUCCGACGACGAUCCAGCAAGGCCGCUGCCGCCGCCCCCCCGCCACACGGACCUCAUCUUCCCGUCGGCGGCGGCCACGCCGGCCGCGAGCGAGCAGCACAUGUCCAUGUCCUCGCUUCUCGGCUCGCUCCGGCGCUCCACGCUGAGCGUGCACAACCGCCUGGCUUCGAUCCACGCCGACGCGCAGUUUGUCGCGCGCGCGGCGGCGGCCCUCUCCACCACCACCGCUGCUGCUCCUACGACUACCUCUACAACCGCAACUACCACCACCACUAGCAGUACUAUUACUACUGAUGCUGCUGCUACCUCGUCUGGAGCCACUAAGAGCAGGAAGCCCAGAAGAAGACUCAGGCGGCGGCGGCAGCGGCGCCCGCUCGUGGCGAAUGAGCGCUGCGGCAGCUGGUACGUCCCGCCGGCGGACAAGGCGGCGAGCGCCUACUUCAAGAGCACGGACGGGCACGAGCGGGCGUGGAAGUUUAGCACGCGUAGGCUGAACUUGCACCUCGUGGAGCUCAUUGAGAAGAAUGACGGAAUCAUCAUCGUCGACUCUACGCGGCGCGGAAAACGCAUGCCCGACGCCCUCUCCACCACCGUGCCCGUCUGGUGCGCCGUCCUCAACCGCGUCCUCCUCCCGCACCACCCCCUCUCGCACGAGCUGCACCUCCCGCCGCACCUCCUCCCCUCGACCCGCGCCCAGGUCGCCGCCCUGCUGCCCGGCUUUGCCGACGCCCUGCGCGCCCUCGAGCUCGGCCGCGCCCUGCCCCGCUGCCUCACCAAGCCUCUCCGGCCCCUGUGGGUGACGCAGGACUCGCCGCUGCGCUCCUUUCGCGACGACGACGACGCAGACGACAGCGACGAUGAUGCUGAUGCUGAUGAUGGUGCUGACGACAUCGUUGAUCGUUAUGAUGGCGAGGACGGGAAUCAGCGCGGUGGCGUUGCUGAUGAAGGCGGCGAUGGUGUCGAAGAAAAGGAGCAAGAGCAAGAGUGGGAAGAGGUGGAGGAGGAAGAGGAGAAAGAUGGGGAGGAGGAGGACGACGACGACGGCACGCUCUUCACAGACUACCGCCCCGUAAUCUGCCUCACCGCCAGCAGGCGCGUCGUCGCCGGCACCGAGGCCGACGCCGGCGGCUACAUCCAGGGCGCCGCCGACGACACGGAGAACUGGGCCCACGGCCUCACCCCCGCGCUCUUCUGGGCGCACGCGGCCGAGCUGCUCUCCGCCCCGGACGACGCCCUGCCCGAGCUCAUCGCCUCGCUCGUCGCCUCCUGCACUUCUUCUUCGUCGUCCUCCGUCACCGCCGCCGCAUACUCAUCAUCAUUACCCUCCACUACUACCACCACCUCGUCCUCCACUGAUUCAGCUACCGCCUCUACUACCCCCUCCUCCCCAGCCGGCCCCCUCACCACCCACCGCCUCACGCCCCAAAUCUCCGUUUGCGCACUCCCCCUCGACGCCCCUCCUCCUCCUCCUCCUCCUCCUCCUCCUCCAUCUCCUCCUGCCGCCGCCGUUCCCAUCCCCGAAGACGGUGCUCCCACAGCCACAGACGCCCUCAGCUCAACGCACUGCCACAUCGCGCUGAGCAGCACGCCUACGCCCAAGGACACCUGGGUACGGUCGCCCACCUACAUGCAGGUCGGGCUGGGGAAGAGUAAGACGGCCGCGCGGAACCUGCGCCUCGCCCUCCCCGAGAUAUGCUCCUUUGUCGCCAAGUUUUUGGAAAGGGGCGCCGCCGCCGAUGCCCAGGAUGGAGGCGCCUCAUCUGCCUCGGAGUCCAAGGGGCGGCAACGGCCACAGGUCGUCAUUGGGUGCGAAUCGGGCAAGGACCUGUCCAUCGGCGCGGCAUUGGCACUGUCAUGUUACCUGUUUGAUGACGAGGGCAGGUUCCGCGCGUCGACCGAGGGUGCGUCCUUUACAAAGACACUCGUCAAGAUCAGGCUCGGCGGCAUCAUGGCGGCAUAUCCGGAAUGCAACCCGAGUAGACAGACAUUGCAAAGCGUCAACAGCUUCCUCAUGGACUGGAGAAAUUGAAUGCAAGGGCAAUAAAAACUCAUAAGACAAGG